AUGGUAAGUUUUUCGUACGGCAUUACAAUUGAAAUUUUCAAAACGUACAUCGAUUCAAGAUUUUACGGCCACAAAUUGGAUUUCAAACAACAUAGUUGUGCCGGCGGCCCUGGUAACGGUGGUGGCGUCGUCGGCAGUGCAACCAGCCAUCAUCAUCUUCAGCAGCAGCAGCAGCAACAGCACCAGCAUCAUCACACGGUUGCAACAGCAGCAGCUGCUGCUGCUAUUCAACAGCAACAGCAACAACAACAUUCAUCAGCCACAUCACUGCACAACAACAGCACGAGUUCCGCCGGAAGUGGAACUCCUGGCAACGGAAGUACUCCCAACGGUAACACUGGUGGUGGUGGCUCCUCAAUAGCCGUCGGCAGCGGUUCCACGUCGGGUAACACUGCAAACACUACCACUCACCACCCGUCAAAUACCCCAUUGAAUGUGGGAACUGCCAAUCUCGGUUUAAGUCCUCAGUCCAGUGCCGACUCACAGCAGUUCAAUAUUUUCCCGGCGAUUUUUAGCCGACAACUUAACUUCUCCGCGGGUACUUGUGGUCAGGGAAAACUUAUGGAUGAACUCAGGCCAAAUUUGGUUGGGGGCUUACUUGGCUUGCAACAGGGUCUUUUGGAAGAUCAUGCAAUGUCUCACGGCAAUUUGCAGCACGGUGGGCAGGAUUCUAAAUUUAUGUCAUUUCAAGACAAUCGACUCAUGGGGAUUGCAUCCUCUCAUGAAAAUCGUUUGCUUGGACUAGCUUCAUCUGUCCAGGACACCCGUUCUUCAAUAUCCUCGCUGGACAAAUCAUCUGUCAAUCAAAGAAAGUGCAGUAGUACCCCGGACAUGGAUUCAUCGCAUCAUCACACGCCGGCACACACACCGCCGACACGAUUAUCCGACCACUCAUUGUCUGCAGAAGGUGCAUUCAAAAAACUCAAACCUGAACCAAAUAGUGGACUUUCUUCUGUAUCCGGUGGUGUAACGUCGCCCGGAAGUGGAGUCUCGUCAUUAAGUCAACACACAGGCCAUACCCCCACCACAGCAUCCUGUCCGACACCGGCGAGACGAAGGCAUAGGACGACAUUUACACAGGAACAAUUAGCAGAAUUAGAAGCCGCCUUUGCCAAAUCCCAUUAUCCUGAUAUUUAUUGUAGAGAAGAACUAGCACGAACAACGAAACUAAAUGAGGCGCGAAUACAAGUUUGGUUUCAAAACCGACGUGCAAAAUAUCGAAAACAGGAAAAACAGUUACAAAAAGCAUUAGCACCAUCUGUGAUCCCUUCAUGCAAUGGCAUGAUGAGAAAUAUCCAAGGAUAUAGCGUUUCUCGAGGAUAUCAACCCUAUCCGCAUCAUAACUCAAUAAAUCGUUACCCGCAGGACCUAUUUCAAAUGGGUGCAACAUCAUAUCCUGGUAUGACGCAACCAUUUUCAAUGACACACGGUACAAAUAUGAGUUCAGUUGGUGUCCGACAGGAUUCAAUGGGUAUGUCCCCUGAGGAUGAAUGGUAUAAUAAAAGCUUAUCAGCACUAAGAAUGAACAGCUCACAUCAUCCCAACUUAUCGGCACCAAUGUUGCAAUACCAAACAUAAUCCAGAACCUUUGAUGAUUUUUUUUAAGAUUAUUUAUUUUUUUUAUUUUUUUUUAUUCAGUUUUUUUUUCCUCACAAUAUAGCAUUAUGUAAUACUAAUUAUAUUUUAUAGUUUUAACCCUCAAGAUCUGUUUUGGGCAUAACUUUAGUGAUAGUAUUACAAUAGAACUUCUAUUUGUUAUUUAUAUACAUACCUA